GCCCCCGGGAGAGCGGAGGUGAUGCUGGGUGAGCUCGCCGCUCUUCUCGCCCAAAGAGCGAGCGGCCUUCGGCGAGGGGAGCCGCGAAGUCUCGCGAGAGCCGCUUUUGAGUGACACUCGGGUCCAUCCUUCCGCCGGCGACGGGCUCGCUCUUCUCCACCUACCUCACGGCCCCCUCAUGGGGCCUGUCGGCGGGUCUGCGCCGCCUCCGCGUCCUCCGCUCCCUCCAGCCGUCGCCGUCUGAGGAAGCGCCGCGGCGGACGAGAGGUGAAGGCGGGCUGCGGGGGCCUCGCCACAUCCCCCCCCAGCUCCGGGCGCCGCCGGCGAGGAAUGAGGCGGAACCAUCGGUGAGGGGGGCUCCGGGGGGGGGGGAGAGGGGACGGCGGGGACCCUGCCGCCUCGUGAUUGGCUCGUGGGGAGGCGCGCAGGUUCCGCGCUUCUCUCGCCCCUUUGAGGCCGCCGUGGCGGAGCCUCGAACUUCAACGGCUCUUUUGCGAGGGGCGCGGGGGGGGGAGGGGCAGAAGGCUCUGAGGCGGAGGAGCCGGGACCGCCGAACAGGGAGAAAUAGGGCAGCGGAGGAGCUCCUCCUGUGUGGCCUGACGAGGCAGACAGUUGUCGCCACAGGAUAGCAUCACACAGUUGGAAGGGACCCCCGAGGGUCAUCUAGUCCAACCCCCAGCCAUGCGGGAAACUCAGCUAAAGCAGCCAUGACAGGUGGCCACCCAACCUCUGCUUAAAAACCUCCAGGGAAGGAGAGUCCACCCGCUCUGGUUGGGAGUCCUUUCUGCUGUCAUACAGCUCUUCCAAGGAAGGAGAUGAACUUUGGGACAGUAACUUGAAGCCAUUGGUUCAGGUCCUGGUGGGGCAGGUGCCUGCUUGCAUCUGCUCCUGCUAGAGAACUGUUGGAGGAUGUGGAUUAUUGGCGUUUGUGUUUUUGUUGUUGUUGAGUGUGUGCUUAAAUGUAAAAACACACACACAACAAAACAUGCAUUAAAAGAUAAGGAACUUCGGUUUUGUACCCAUCACAGUCCUAGCACUGAUAGCUGCAGGGCUGACUGUAAUGUACUUACUUACUUCACAUGAUUUAUAUCCCACAACUUUGACACAGUUUAAGGUUUCCAGGGCACCUAAUAAAGUAAAAAGAAACACAAAGUACCAUUUAAAAUAAAUACUAUUAUAAUAACAAAAAGUAUAAACUAACACAGCAAAUUAAAAAACAACAAAUCAAAACAUUUAAUAGCUGAUUUAAAUUGCUUUCCCCAUCUCUGCUCUAAGGUUUCACUAACAUUGUAAACCACCCCCACCCCCAUAUCAUAAAUGCUAACACUGGAAAAACACUUUAGAAAUUCACUGACAGUCACAAUCCAUGCCUGCCUAGGUAGUAUUUCAAGCCACCGUACAAAUAAGAAGUCAACAUGAUUAUCCUGUCUUUGAUUGUACACUUCCUCUGACACAUCUUUUGGUAAUGUGAUUUACAUAACAGGACACUUUACACUGGCAAAGUUCUUAAAUUCAAAAUGUAACACCUAGUUUUAAUCCUGCACAUUCUAGUAUGCAAAUUCUUUUACUCUCAUUGCUGUAAAGUUUUUGUUUUUAAGCGUUUAUAUUAAUGCUUUUAGAAAUUGGUUGGUAUUUGUAUCUGUAUAUUUUAUUCAUUAUACAGCAUCAUUUUAUGAUUAUAUUGUGUGUCCUUACAUUCAUAUCCUUACAUUCAUUACAUUCAUAUCCUUAUGGGUACUGUUAGUAGACGAGCAGGAUAUAAGUUUUGAGAAAUGUGUGAAACAGCACCAGAUUUAGGGUGAUGUAGGUGCUUUCCCAGCACAAGGCGCCAAGCUGAAGGGGAAUUUCCUUCAUCAUCAUUAACAUUUUUGACAGAUUGUCUUAUGCUUUAGGGGGGGGCCCUUGGCAUCAGGCAAGCUGACACCCUGGCCAGUCCGCCACUGCACAUUCAUGUGGUUGAUACACCAUAGCUACAAUGGUAAUCUGGGGUGGGGGCAAACCUUCAAAGAAACCAGUGAUCUUUAAAUGGUGGCGUAUCCCCCUACUUUUUUAAAGAAUUGCAUGAGUGCUACUGUACCAUUUACAGGGAAGUGCUUUCCUUUAUAGAAAUAAAAACAUUAGAACUUUGAAAAUAAUCAUGUUAUGUGGGCAUGAAUGGACAAAGUCCCUCAGUGGCAGUUCCACCUAUCACAGAAGCUGUGACUUUGCAAACUGAAAGAAAAAAGGUUUACUCCUGUGAGAGUCAGUGUAGUGGUUAGAGUAUUUGUAGGUCUAGGACCUGGGAGACCCAGAUUCAAAUACCCACUCAGCCAAGAAGUUCACUGGGUGUUACUAUAAUAAUACUAAUAAAAAAAUUACUAUUUAUAUGCCGCCCAACUGGCUGGGUUUCCCCAGCCACUCUGUCCUAUACAUGCCUAAACUUAAGUCCCACUGUGCUGUCUGUAUGACCUGUUUUGCUAUGGCUAGUUACAACUUUCCAAAUACCACAAACUGCAAAAAGAACCAACUAAAUUAUGAAAAAAUAAAUAGAAAGUGCUGUUGCAUUGGAAAAAAUAUGACUAGUCAUUCUGUUUUUGCGCCCAUAACCCAGGUUCCAGGAGCCAUGUGGCAAAUAGCUUUUCUAUCUCAGUUGCUAACACUAGAGUACAUAUUAAAAUGCUUCCUCUGGCUGGGGAGUAAAAUGAUAAUUAUAUUUUAAUGUUUCAGAAUAUGCGAACACACAUGCCACACAUCUUGCAAUGACAUUGUGUUUACAUUACGCAACAAACACUUUGUCCAAUUCUUUAUUUUAGAAAUGAGUUGCACAAUUGAGAAGGCCCUAGCUGAUGCAAAAGCACUAGUGGAGCGACUGAGAGAACAUGAUAAUGCAGCAGAAGCUCUGAUUGAACAAACUACGGCACUCAACAAACGAGUGGAAGCAAUGAAGCAGGUGUGUGGUCUCUUGUUAAUUGUUCCUAUUUGGAAAUAGACUGUUUAAAUGUGACCAUUUAAGAUUAUUUGCAGUGGCCUAGGGAGCAAAACGAAUUACACAUCCAGUUAAAUGUUUAAUAAGGCGUUGAAUUAGUUGAUGUAAUCUGUGUGUUGUGUGUGCGAGAGAGAGAGAGAGGACCUUCAGCUUUUUGCAUAUACCAUAUUUUUCGCCCUAUAGGACGCACUUUUUCCCCUCCAAAAAUGAAGGGGAAAUGUGUGUGCGUCCUAUGGGGCGAAAUCAGGCUUUCGCUGAAGCCUGGAGAGCGAGGGGGAUCGGUGCGCACCGACCCCUCUCGCUCUCCAGGCUUCAGGAAGCUAUCCGCUAGCCGUGGGAGACGCAGCUCUUCCACGGCUAGCGGAAAGCUUGCCUGCACCCAGAAGCUUGGGGCGCGCUGAGCUCAGCACGCCCCAAGCUUCGGGCUUCGCGCAGCGCUCCGCUAGCCGUGGGAGAGCCGCGCGACUUCGCGCAGCUCUCCCACGGCUUGCGGAUAGCAGCCUGUUCUGGGGGCUGGGGUCGGGGGAAGCUCGGGCUUCCCCAGCCCCGCACCUGGGGGGGAAAUAAAAAAUUUUUUCUUCAUUCCCCCCCCACCCCAAAAAAAACUAGGUGCGUCCUAUGGGCCGGUGCGUCCUAUGGGGUGAAAAAUACGGUAAAUUUGAGACCAGUUUAAGUAAUGUAGUGUUGUAUAGUCUUGCAAAGUGUUGUAUAGUCUUGCAAAAUCUUAUAUAUCCACACUUGAAGCCUAGAGAUUCUUUUGCAUUAUGUUCAACUUUGAUCAGAUUUUCCUUGUAUCAAUCAUAUGUAAAUAUAUUAAAUUUUUGGCAGGCACUCGGACUUUUAAACUCAUUUUUCUGCAAAAAAAAAUCUCUCUAACACAUAUUUUAAUAAUAAUUAUAAUUAUCCAGUGGUACCUCGGGUUACAUACGCUUCAGGUUACAUACGCUUCAGGUUAAAGACUCCGCUAACCCAGAAAUAGUGCUUCAGGUUAAGAACUUUGCUUCAGGAUGAGAACAGAAAUUGUGCUCUGGCGGCACAGCAGCAGGCCCCAUUAGCUAAAGUGGUGCUUCAGGUUAAGAACAGUUUCAGGUUAAGUACGGACCUCCGGAAAGAAUUAAGUACUUAACCCAAGGUAUCACUGUAAUUUAUUUAUACCCCACCCAUCUGGCUGGGUUUCCCUAGCCACUCUUUUUUAAAGUUCAAUAGACUCUUUUACCUGCUGGGACUUGCAUCUGAACACUCUACUGUUGUUUUCCAUUAGUAUUCUUGUCCUUUAUUUAAUUUUUUAAAAUUAAACUAUAUUUAUGCCUUGCCUUUCCAUCCAUGAAGGCUCAUAAAUGGCUUAAUAGUAUUAAAUCUAGAAUUAAAACAGCAGUAUAAAAAGAGAAUAACAAUCUACAGCACAACAUGGGCAUAGAAACAAUCAAUAAGCUGUUAUCUGCAAAGACCUUUCUAACAGUAGCAUUGCAACCUGCUACCUAAACCACAUUCAUGAAAGAACCAAGUGAGCUCUUUGGAAGGUAUUUUUGCUGAGAGAAACAUAUAUACUGUGCUUAUUUUGCAUAUAUUUAAGUUAUAAUCUAAUAGUCACAGGCAUUUUUGUAUGUGUUUCAUUUCCAUCCAUCACCCCUGCCGCACCCAUAGGUAAGUAUGCCAGCCAGCUGAAAAUAACAGUUCAUACAUGUACCGUAACAUAAGGGUGGUGGGCCCAUUCUGAUGGCCAACCCUCAGAGACUGAUGGAACCUGAUGCAUGUCUGAAUGCUCUGGGGGAUUUUUCUAGUAGAGAAAGGUGAUCUUGUUGAAGCCCUGGUCUUGCUAUGGCAGUGUUUCUCAAACUUGAGUCUCCAGCUGUUGUUUUACUACAAAUUCCAUCAUCCCUAGCUAGCAGGAUCAGUGGUCAGGGAUGACCCAAGUUUGAGAAACACUGUGCUAUGGAAUGGCAAGAAGAAUGGGUGAUUGACACAAUCAUUCCUGAGUGUCCUCUCCAGUGUUUUGGAGCUCAAGCAGCUCCUUGAUACUCUGAGAGGCUCCAGACUAUAAAGCAGGCUGGACAAAGACUGGAGAACAAGUGGCGCAAGUUUUGCUGUGAAGCUGACCAAACAGAGUGUAGGCAGCAUACAGCUGCAGACACUGAUUUAACCACGUUUUGCAGAUGAACAUUUUAAUACUGUGUAUGCCAAUAAGGUGGUUUUUGAGCCAAAAAGCUACAAUGAUGUUCAGAAUUUACCUAACCACCAAGCUGGUAUAAAGCUAUGAACUCCGAGAUAGCUUCUUUAAAAGAGCAUAACACUUGGUCUCUUGUACCACAAACCCCAGAUAUGAGACUUAUUGAUUCUAAUUGGGUUUAUAGAGUUAAAGUGAAUGACAAAAAUGAAGUUGUAAGGUACAAGGCUAGAUUAGUUGCUAGGAGUUUUCAACAAAUUCCAGGCGAAGAUUAUGAUUUGUGUUAUUCACCAAGUGUAAAAUAUGAAACAGUUAAGCUUUUGUUAAAAGAUGCAUCACAACGUGGACAUUCUGCUUAUCACUUAGAUAUAAAAACUGCAUAUUUGUUUGCAGAUUUAAAAGAACAAAUUUUUAUGCGUGUUCCUGAAGGCAUAGACGCCGCUGAAGGUUUGGUAUGCAAAUUAAAUAAAUCCCUUUAUGGUCUGCACCAAAGUGGAAGGAAUUGGCACCAAACUUUAACAAAAGAAUUGCUGAAUAUUGGUUUUUCACAAGGAAAGGCAGACAAUUGUGUGUUCAUAAAGGAAAGGGCAAACUCUGUAACAAAAAUAUGUGUGUAUGUAGAUGACGUGUUAAUUUCUACAAAAACUAAACAGGAAUAUGAACAGGUAGUAUCACAGUUACAGAAGAAAUUUGAUGUGGUGGAAUUAGGCAUGGCUAAAAAUUACUUAUCCAUGCAAAUUGAGAAAGGCAAAAAUGGAUCUUUUCUGGUUCAUCAAACUGCAAAAAUUGAUGAUCUGGGUGAAAUGCUAUGUUUAGAAAAUGCAAAUGGGAAGGAAACGCCCAUGGUGUGUGGUUUCAUCUUUACAGGUGAAGAUAAGCCAUUUCCUAACAAAACUUUGUAUCGUUCUGCUAUAGGCAAGCUAAAUUUCAUUCAAAGAAUCUCAAGACCAGAUAUAACUUAUGUUUUUCACUUUCUUGCAAAAUUUGUGGAAAAGCCCACUACGCAAUGUUUCUCUGCUCUUAAGAGAGUGGUAAUGUACCUUAAACAUACCAAACAUUAUAGGUUGCAGUUUACAACAAGUAUUGACAAAGGUUUUGAAAUUUUCUGCGAUGCAUCUCAUGCAGUAGAACAAAAUAAUUGCAGGGGCGUGCCUGGCAUGGUGUUUUGUUAUAACAGUUGUCCAUUUGAAUGAAAGUCCCAGACACAAACCAUUAUUUGUCUCUCCACAACCGAGAGUGAAUUAUGUGCAUGCAUUCAGGCCACUCGUGAUGUAGAAUGGUAUCUGCAAGUAUUUGCAGACCUGCAGAUGCAAGUAACACUACCAGUAAAAGUUUACCUUGAUUCCCAGAGUGGACUCGCUAUCCUAUGUUCAGAAACCAAUACGCAGUGCACUAGAGUCUUAAGAUUGCAUUUACAGUUUGUAAAGAAACUAAUUGCUGAUGAAAUGAUUGUAUUUCAAUAUGUUCCAGGUGACAAUCAAAUUGCAGACAUUUUUACUAAAGCACUUCCAAAGGUUACACAUGAAAGACAUGUACAAAAUAUGCUUUAUGUUUUUGUUCCACAAUGAUGAACCGCAGGGGAAAUGUUGAAUGGUUUCUUUAAAUGUAAAGGUUCUUCAUUGUUCCAUCCGAUGUGUAUGUCUUUAAGGGGCCAGAGCAAAAUAAGGAGACCCAGCUUUACAGCUGUGAAUCAUAGCAGGUGCUGCUGAGUUGUAUUGAUUAAGCUGUGUCAGCAAUUGGGUGUAGUAUAUAAGGAGCAGCACCUAGCUCUCCCAUUACCCUGGGGGAUGGGUUGGUGGUUGGACCUGGUUUGUUGUUGAUGUAUUUAGUGUAUAAGGAGUUUUUGUUUUUGUUAUUAAAACCUUGUUUAAGUUAUUUUUGAGUCCCUUUUUAAUGCAUGGUCUCCCGAGCAAGCUCUCUGCAGUGCCACUAUACUGCAAAUAGCCAACAUUAACAACCCUUUCCCCCUUAAGAUAAGGGGGAGCGUUUGGUGAAAGGAUACUUCAGAGUACAACCCUGAGUACAAUUAUGGAAAUACCACAAUAUUAUGCAGUACAGCAUGCCAAUUAUGAAAAAUUUGCCUACUUUCAGUACCAAGAAGAAAUUCAAGAACUUAAUGAAGUAGCAAGACAUAGGCCCCGCUCUUCACUGGUACUGGGAAUCCAGCAAGAAAACAGGCAGAUCAGGGAACUACAGCAAGAAAAUAAAGGUGAGUAAGCAUUCACUCUAGAAGGAGAUUCUGCACCAUUUACAUAGUUUAUAAUGUAAGUUCCAGUAACUGAAUCCCAAGAAUUGUUCAUUAACUUUAAAACAUUUCAUUGAAUAAUCAUUUGUUUACUACCACUGUUACUACUACUACAUCUGAGGUGCAUAUACACUGUUAAGCCAUUAAAAGGUCUGAGGCAAUAGGUGGAUGCUGCUUUGAAGAUAGAUGGGAUGGGAGCCUGAUUGGACUGAAAGCUCUAAGGAAAUGUGUCAAGAUUCUGCAGAUGCGUGGAUAGCUAGAGACUAGUAGUAAAAAUGCUCCCUACCCAAGAUAAAAGCAGAUGAUGAUGAUGAUGAUUUAUUUGUAACCUUUCCAUCUGAUGGGGUCAGACACAAUACAGAUUGGAUGGGUAAAAAGUUCAUGGACAUAUGCUUAUAAUGUAUUAAUGCUAACAACUAGAUAUUUGGGUUAUGUAUGCAAGUGGUGAAGAAAAAUACAUUCAGUUGAACAUUUCAAUGGUUAAAUACAAGGUAAUUUAAAACAUUGAUAGUCACCUCCCUAGUGCCUUUAAAAAAAUUUUUUUUUAUGUCCCACUGUUACCAGUUGUUGGUGCCCUUAGAGUAGUUUUGUUUCUUGAUGAUUUUGUGUGUUGUGUUUUUGUGUAUUUUUUUCAGGGUGUAGUUUUUUGUCCUGGUGACCUUUUUGUAUGUACUGUACAAAUUAUACAAAUAAAAUUUGGAUUAAAAAAGUAAUUAACACUUUGAAAACCUACUUAAAAAUACUUUUUUUUUCUGUGUGACAGUAUUGGUGUAACUCUUAUCAGAUUGAAUAGAAACUGCUUCCACAUCUGAGUUUUAGGAACUAGGGGUAAUAGUGAUGGAAUGAUUGAACAUGUGGUCUACUGUUGCUAAAGAAAUUAUCUGAAUACAGAAAAUUUAAAAGGGGGGUAAUUAGCAAAUCUUCUACAGGUAACUUGCAACUUGCAUGCAUUUAACCUGUGCACAUUCAGCUUUACGCGCUUGGGGGAGGGAGAAAGGGACAGGAGGCCGAUGUCUGGGGAAAAAUAACCCACCGUUGAACCCAAUGUGCUUUCACCAGUGGUGUCCAAACUUUUUUCAAAGAGGGCCAGAUUUGAUGAAAUGAAGGGUCAUGAGGGCCAACCAAAGGACCAACCAAAGUUGUUAACCUUUUUUUUAGGAUUGAAAUUGAGCCCCAGGAAAUAAACUGCCACAGGGGCCAGAUUAAACUGACCACCGGGCCGGAUUAGACCCCCAAAACGGACUUUGAGCAUGCCUGGCUUUCACUAUAUGCAAUUUUGACUUUACACUCUAGCCCUGGAACAUAACCCCCAUGUAAGAGUUGCCUGUAGGUAGUUGUUUGGUUUGAUUAAACAUGUUGCCACUUACAUGAAUGGUGUACCAACACACGUUUGCUUAUCUGUUUGUUGUAGUCCUAGACACUAUCAAUUCAUAGUAUCAGAAAUUUGGGUUAGUUUCAUAUAUCCACCCCCCCCAAUUAAUUAAUACUAUGGCAACUAUAAUGAAAUGGGUAGUUCUCCAGUAGUGUAACCAGUCUGAGCAAUAUAGUGGAUUGUUUUAUACAACAUUAGCCUGCUCAGAGCAAUGCACAUUACUAACAUUGGGCAAUUCAUUUCCAUGGGGCUACUCUGAGUAUUCAGUAUUGUAUUCAGUUGGAUACAACACAAGCAGAAGCACCUGCUAUGUUUAGAGAGUUUCCUGUGCACAAGUGAAAUGUGUUGAACUUAUUUUGACAGAAUUACGUACUUCUCUUGAAGAACACCAAUCUGCCUUGGAGCUAAUAAUGAGCAAAUACAGAGAGCAGAUGUUUAGGCUGCUCAUGGCCAGUAAAAAGGAUGAUCCAGGUAUAAUAAUGAAGUUAAAGGAGCAGCACUCUAAGGUAGUAUGCCUUUUAAAAUUCUCUAAGCCUUUUGCAGUACUAAUGUUUUACCUUCUGAGUUAUGCACCUUCAGUAGUUUUAACUUCAGACUUUACUUUUUUACUCUAAGACUAGAGCUGCAUGGCCAAGACUCAUUUCCAGAUCUUCACCCUCUUCUACUGCACAUUGGCAUUGGGUAAAAAAGAUUUGCAAAGUAGUAGGUGAUAGCAGGAGGAGUACUUAAUUAUUUUCCCAUCAACUACUUUUGCUUGUAACUCCUGAUUUCAGGUAGCCAGGAUUCCAGACCUGUACACAUCUAAACAAGUUUAACUGCAUACCAUGAAUAGGUUUGAUGGCAUACUGAAGACAUAUUGAAGACUACUGAAUAACCUGAAGUAGUCAAUAGAAUGCUAACUCUCCAAAGAGCUAAAUGGAAACUUUUCAGUUUGUCUAAAGGCCAGUGUAUUAGAUAGAAAAAGGCUUCUGAAAACAGUUGGCAAACAAAUCCAGUAGUCUUUGUUAAUAUAAUAGUAAAACCUAAUUCAAAAUCCUUUUUUAAAAUUAGUAUAUUUCAGCCUGUAAAACAAAACAUAAACAGCAAAUAUAUAUUAAGUUUUUGUGUUCUAAAUAUAUAACUUCCUCUCUGCCCAAAGAACUGGGUUGUUUUUCUCAGGGCUGAUAGCUCAAUAGAGUGCUGUUAGCCUACGUACUUGCUUACUGAAGCUAAUUUAACAGAUUUGUUUCCUCAGUUUCCAAUCACCUUUUGAAUGACUUAUUUAAUGUUCCUCCUGAAAUGAUGUGCUACAUGUUCAUUGCAAAGUGAGAUGAGGUGCUUUAAUUGCUCAAAAAAUGGAGUGCAACUCCUGUUUGAACACUAUGUCAUUGAUACCCCAAGACCCUUGCACAUAGGAGUAUAGUGUACCAUCAUGGAGAAGGCAGUUGUUCAUAAUGUGUGUUCUCCUGAAGGUGGUUCUAAAACCGUGGUUCCCAACGUGGGACACAUGCCCCACCGGGGGGGGGGGGGUAAUUCGAGAAUGAGUUAGACCAAGUUAAUGGCCUUUUAGGCUUCCUCCACGAUAUACAAUAUCUUUAUUGUCAUUGUCCCAUACAGAACAAUGAAUAGGAGUUCACUUUUUGAAUAAUAAGAAUUAUAUGUCAUGGGAGGGCAUCAGGAUUUUAGAGAUGCUUAGGUGGGGCAUGGCCAAAAAACCGAUUGGGAACCACUGCUCUAAAAAAACCCUGCUGGAUAUGAAGAAUGGGAAGACUACCUGUAGUUUAUUGUGUUGGAAAGACUUAUAUAAAAAAAUAUUGAAAUAAAAAAAUCUUAUGCUUUUCAUAAACUUUUAUUAUUUACAACUCAGUUGGCAUUUUAAAUUUGAAAUGUUACUAGUGGUUUUUACUUUUAUUCUUUUGGUUUAGGAGCUACAAGAACAUGUGGACCAAAUCACAGAAAUGGCAGCAGUCAUGCGAAAGGCCAUUGAAAUUGAUGAACAGCAGGGUUGCAAAGAACAGGAACGCAUUUUUCAGCUUGAGGUAAAUAUUCAAUUCUAUGGAAAUUCAAAAAAUAAGUGAUACUUCUAAACUGAUGAAUUCAGAUCAUUAGUAAAUGACAGAAGAAUUCAUUUUCGGAAUUAUUUUCCGAAUGAAAUUGGUCACACAAUUUACCUUAAAAUGCAUUUUUAAUUACAUUUGGUAGUCAUACCUUAUGUGGUAAACAGACCUACUUUAUUGUGUAAAAAACACCAUUUGGCAUCUUGAUUCUAGGGGCUGGCUUUCAUUGCAGUGGCCCAAGUAAUGGCUUCUGCUGCUGCUGCUGUAAGCUUAUUUUUAGUCUUAUGAUUGUUUCCAGUAGCAUAUUCUGGGAAAGAAUUUAUUGUGUAACCUCAUGGGAAACCUAGUUCCUUAAAGCAUGUUCUGGAGUAGAGCUCAAGACAACAUAGGAAUUGGACUUUACCUGUGUUUUCCAAAUUUUUUCCUUUUAAGUGCUUGAAAUAAUUUAAUAUAUUCCCUCCAUAAUGUCUUCUCUGUUCAAAUAUUAUUUCAUGCUUUACUGUGCUACAUUUAAAAGCAUUGUGUCCUUGCUUACAGCAGGAAAACAAAGGACUGAGAGAGAUCCUGCAAAUAACUAGAGAAUCAUUCCUGAAUCUCAAAGAUGAUGCAUCAGAAAGUACAUCUCUGUCAGCAUUAGUAACAAACAGCGACUUGAGCCUGAGGAAGAGUUGAAGAUCCUAUGGAAAUUUUGUAUGGCCAACUGCACAUAAGAUCAUAAAGUAUCAGGGUUCACUUGUCAAGUGGCUGUUUCCCAAUGCAGCCUUGACAAGAUAAUGCAUUCUAAAUUAGAUGACAAUUUGAUACUUUUUAUACCAUGUACAGUACAUUCAGAUUUAUUUAAAAUUGUAAUUACUGCCCAAUACUGAUUACCGGAAACAUAAUUUCUGAAGGAAACUAGCUAACAUCCGUUAAAGUUUUAAAAACAGCACCGCCCGGAACAGCUGCAAAACUACACACAUGUAUUUAGAAGGUUCAAACUACUCCUAUAGGGUGCUUAGAAAUAUACAUAAAAACAGAAGUUCCUGCUCUCUUGGGCACAUUCACAACAUCAUCUACCCACAUACUUAUUCCAUUCAUGGACUGAACUUGAAGAAAAUCAGUUGUUUGGACCGUACUGAUUGUCUUACACCUUUAGUCUCUAUCUGCUUCAAGUCAUGUGACAUUUUACAAAUGGGUUGUAUUUAAGAAAAAUAAAAAACAAGGUACCAAAUAAAUUAAUGCAUUGUCCUUUUUUUUUAGGUACAAUUCUUUUGUAAAAUAUUGUAAUCUCUCUAGUGAGGAAGGGAGAAAGUUGGGUUUUUCUUGCUUGCAGGAAAGAUUGCAACAAUUGUUAAUACCUGUACACAUUGGUAAUCUAAAUAGAAAGGAAUGUUGGGAGUCCAGGGAAAUAGAUCUAUUUCACUUCACCAAAUAGUGGGUUUUCAGCUGUAAAUAAAUCAAACCUAGCAAGCCCCACACCUGCUUGUAGACAAGGAAGUAAUCUAAUGAACUUGAGAUUCUAAAUCCACUAUCAUGUGGUCUCUAUACUAUAUUCAUUUUUCAAAGAAAUAUUUUUCUAGAUCAAUAAUAAUUUUGCUCAGCUAUUUAGUGUGAAGCACUUCAUUUUCUUCCACUAUAAAUUAAACACAGAGGCUUGGAUUCAGUAGCUGUCUAUGGCGUUAAUGUGUGUGCCCUCUAGGUUUCCCACUACAGCUCCCUAUACCCUCUGGGAAGUCACUUCUGAAGAGUUUUCUGAACGGUGUGUGCAGGGCUGCAGCCGAGGGUGGCCAGAAUGUGUUCCCGUUCCCCUGGGGUUUCCAGUUGUGCAUGACACACUUUGGGAUCCAAGCCUAAAUACAGAAGCUACUCAUCUUCUAAAACAAGUUGAAGUUUCAGUAAUAUUUUUUUGAAGCACCUGGAACAUUAUUUCUGUGUGUCAGUCUUCUGACAGAUGAGAGAUGCCAAAAAAUAACAUUGUGGAACAAUAAGAUUAACUUGCUCUGAUAUACACAACUUUGACCAUUUGUCAACCAGAAACAAAUAUUAGAUAUUUGAUAAGAAAUCCCAUUUUUCAAGCAGCAUGAUGGGCUGCAGUUAUUUCUUAAGUACUUUGCAGAACGCUGUGUCUGAGAGGUAUGCUAUUCUAGUAGUCAUGUACCAGACAAAGGAAAUUUUAAAAUGAACAGUUUACGGAGGCAAAGCUUCAGAAGCAGCAUGAGCUACAUCCUUGAGGAAAUCUAGAGCUAAAUCUGGACAAUUUAGAAACAUGUAGAAAAGCGGUACUUUGCCUCAAUUUAUAAGCAAAGUAGUAGCUACGCUUUAUUCAUAAUACAAUAUUUUGUUUAGAUUGUAUUCACAAAUGGUACAGUGCACACUUAUUUAAUAAAACUACUUCACCUGCACUAUGAGCCCAAAUAGCCAGUUGGAAUAUCUGUUUAAUCCUAAACAUUUGUAAUGACAUAUCUAGGCAUAGGGCUGGAUUUUUUUGAUGCUAAAAACAUAGCUUUGAAAAUACAAGCUGGUCAAAAUAUGUGACUUCUAUUUCAACUUUAUUUUAAACAUUUUGUCCUUUAUCUCAAUCUGUUUAGUCUGCUCUGGUAUAUGCGGUUAAUUGUGGUAGGCACUAAAGCAACUUUAAAAUAAUUGACAAAUGAACGUAAUUUAUUAUUACCGCAAUGGAAAGGAACUUGUUUAUAAUUUGCGCUUCGAAAUUUUAUAAUCUGACUUUCUCAGACAAAUUGUUUGUCAAAUAAAUAUUAGCCUAAGCACAAACCUUUUGUAUACAUUUUUUUUCUUCCAGGUGGACAAGAGUGGAAUUUCUGGAAGCUCUACUUAAUCCUCUCUGUAAAUUAUGAAAUAUUUAUGUAAAUAGUUUAACAAAAACUUAUUUUCAUUAUAUUUGGAGUGUAAAAUACUAACUUCUUGCUCUCAAAAUGCAGUCAUCUCCAAGCUUGUGGAAUGGUUGUAGUAGUAAACUCACUAGUAAUUCUGUACGGAAAAAGAGGCUUGACUAAUGAUUUGUAACUGUAAAUUAUUGUGAUUGUCUAGUUCAGAUUUCUGGUUGUCUUGAGUAUUAUUCUUUUGCAUGCCCAAAGCAGCAUAACUUUCUUGGAAUGUGGCAUGAGUUUUCCUUAUAUCAUUAUUUUUGUAAGGCAGAUGCUUGUAAUGACCUUGAAAUGCAUCCUGUACAGUAAACUUAUUUUUGCCAGUAUUUUGGGUCAGGUAGAUGUUUCAGCCAUUCAGGUUUUGUCAAAUACCAACAUGAAGUGUCUGUUCUGGUACAGCUGCCUCAGCUCCUAGCAACCAGCACCCCCUGGCCAGCUCCAGAGGCACCAUUCGUCUGGGGAGCUUAUAGCCAGAGCUGCUGCAAUGAACAGCUGUGCAAGCCUUUGGGAGGCAGAGACUCAAGAGGGCAUCAGAGGAGGAAAGAGGGACAGAGGCCAGUGUUGCCAUGGCCCUCCUGACCAUUGUACACUGGUUGGAAACCACUGCUUUAAGAGGCCCAUCAGGUUGAGAAGGACCUUUUUUUUCAGUGGUGGCACCAGUUGCAGUAUUCCAUUGUCAAGAAAGCAGCUGGAAAACGCAUGCAGAGACCACAGCCCUGUUUACCAUAACACCUCCCACCCCACCCCAGAUACUCACUAACCUGCUGUGGCCUGGAACUGGUUGUAUAAAGUGCAGGUGGCCAAUUGCUGAAUGGACACAGCUAUGGAAAAACUCCAUCAGAACCCGGUGGCUGCCCACAAAAACAAGCCCUGCCACAAGUGUUAGGCAGCCACCACUGGCGCUGCCAAAUGGACUUAAUCCCUUUGGGUUACCCCUCAGAAGAGUCACAGGACAGGAGUGCCACUCAUCUUGACUUCCAACCACCAUGAAGUUUGCACCAAGAUAGACUAGGGGGCUGAGGUCAGCAGGUUCAGAUGAACCUGGGUGAGAGGCAGGAGAAUGAGAGGGGUUGAGUGGGUAGGUGUGAUGGAAGAAGAGGUGUGCGGUACAAUCCGUAUGCAAUUAUAGCAUUGAUAUUGUUCCAUAGCACUUUAUGAGAUGUUGCUAGCAUGUUACUCACUAGCACACACCUUGUAGCAUUUAUAUGAAAUCCCAGUUUGCAUAUUGUAAUGGAUUGUAUGUUUGGGGGGGGGGGGUCAUGGGUUGGGUUGUUUUUACCAUUUUAAUGUUUUUUAUAUCCUGUAACCCCCUUUGGUACUGUCUAGUAAAAUGUUGAUAAAUACAAAAUAAUUCCACCUUUCUGGUUUCCCCCUCCAACCCCUUUAGUGGUCCCCUAAAGACUUUUUAUUCUGCUAAAUGUUUUAAUAUGCACUUUAUCUGAUGUUAAAACAAAUGAACGCCAUUUUGUAAACAUUUUUAUUGCAAAACUGCCUUUGAGAAAUUGCCCUAAAAUGUUGGGAUAGAAAUAAAGAAGUACGACCAGUAACCAUGAAAUGUAAUAUAUGUAGUAGAUUUAAGGACAGAGUUUGAGAGGCCAUCAACUAAUACCCCAAUGGCACACUGAUGCGCAUUUGAUCCUAAUGCGCAGGAAGUUUCUAUACAGAAGCCAGUCACUGCUGUAGUAGUUACAUAUUCACUUACCUUGCAAAGCAGGAAUUGUAUUUGCCAUUCCUUCACUUGGAAAAACACAUAUAAGCUGCCUUCCCUUCAAGAUAAAAAACAUGAGACAGAAUGAACUCAGACACACAGAUGAGUCCCUAAAGGGUAACACACACAGGGAGAUCAUACAAAUAGCACACCUUUCAAGUACACCUUUAUUAUAAAAAGGAGUAGAAAAUGGGUUUGUUUUUUGUUUCUUUGCAUUGUAAAUAAUGGCAGUUAUAAAAACCAAAGCAAUUGGAACUAGUUGCUUUAUAACAAAGUGUGGCCUAAGCAGCCAAUAUGCAGCAAUUAAUUCUCAGUACAAAAAGGUCAGAGAGCUAGUAAAAUGAAGCUGCCCUUGACAGAAGGGGACACAGUAUAUUUCAUCUACAGCUUCUACUUUUCAACAUUAAAAUGAAAGUAAUCUCUGUCUAUUUGCCAAGAACUAUGGACUUUUCCAUCUUCUUUCCACCACCAACUCUGUUGCUUUCAACUGUCAGCCUUCUUGCAUCUAAAAAUGGUUUAGGUUAAGUAUCAAGGUCUGUUUGACACAAGAAUGCCCUACAGCUCUUCAAAAAGCUAAAUAGCUUAAGGUGGAAUCCAGCACACCACAAAUUGACUUCACCUUCUUCCCCCUCACUGCAGCCCCCGCCCCCAUGCACACAGCCCAAUCCAUGCAUUCUCAGAACAGAUUAUGGGGGUACUGCAGUGAGUUUGAGAAGGUGAAGUCCCAUAGUGCAAGCAGACGUUCAUCUUGUUCAUGGAUAUAAUCCACAGUUUGAACAUAUGUGGGAGUUGCUGGGAUGAAACCUGGAGAUCCACACAGUACCUUUAAAUUCCUUGAUACAUACAAGGUGAAUGAAGCAGUAUCUGCCUUGUAUCCCCUUCCUGAUGUACAGCGCACAUGAGGCCUUGUUAUGCGAGGCAGGGAAGAGGUGAAUAUCAGAGCCAGGAGAGGAAUGGACCGGCUCAUCUCCUGCACACGGAAAACUGUAAAAGGUGCAGUGCAUCUCCUCUGGUUUCUACCCAGCAGCCUUAGGGGCCUGAGAUACAAAUAAAGCAUAUUUAAAAUUAGGUAAGUUCAGAUAUGCACCUUCCAAGAUGUGCUCUUGUUUAGAAGGUGUCCUACCACAGCAGCUUUCCUGGACUAGGAGUGAGUGCAGUCCAUGCAGUCUGUGCCAACAAACCUCCUACCCACCCUGCAACACCAUUAUUGCUAGAAUAUACAAAUGGCACAAGCAGCAAGCGACUCGAGCAUCAACAUGGAAUGCAACAGAUCCUCACUAUACAGACAAGUUGUGUUUGAACACAAAGGGGAGAUAAUAGAAAACAGUCUUCUGUUCUUACACCACCUGUCUGCAAAAGAAAAUACAUAUUAUGCACAUAGUGCCAGGUUCUGCAGUGAUGGGGCUCCUCCACCUUGGAUAGCUGUGUAUGUACAUCUACAGGCACAGCUUUUAACGCUGCAACAAUGAGAGGACAAACACACAUGCUCAAGUUCUCUCUGCUGGCUGCCUUCUGAAGAUCAGGAACCCCAAUUCAAACACUGGAGGAAUCUUAAAACCCUAACCAAGCCAGACACCUCCACCAGUUUCCUCUCCCACGAUUAAAAAAAGCCCUGAGAAUAAGACUUCAGCCUGGGUGCACAUUGACUAAUGCAAUCACACACUUCAGGUUUAAACUGGAUGUUUAUCAUGCUUCACGGCACUUUUGCUCCCUGCACCCACACAAGUGGUUUGAGCAGUUCAUUACAGGAAAUGUGUUCGUCAAAUAAGGUACUGGUAUAAUGUUCAACUAACUGCUUUACGUAUAACUGCAUUACUCCAAGCCAAAGGGUUAUUAUUGGGGAGGGCCAAUUGAUAAGCUAAAGAGGCACAGAGGCAGGGGCAACUCUGUGCGCCAGCUGCAAAGCUAGGGGUAAAUGGGUAUAUGGCCAGAAGCAGGCGUUUAAAUGGUUCCGUUUUCUCCUCUGCCUGCAGAAUCCUUUUCUGUGAACUCGGUGUCCCAAAUAGAGGCUUGGGGACCACCCCACUCCCACUCCUCUAAGCCUAGAAGUGACACCAUGGCUGAGAGUGAUCUGGUCUGGACUCCUAGGCAAAUUACCCAAGAUCUGCCCUUCUUUCCCCACCCUCAAGGCUCUGGAAGCUGGCUGCCCUAGAUGUCUGUUACAUCUUUCUGAGCAGCAGUGCCCCCAAAUGCCUGCAAACUGGGUUUAGGGGUUUCUUUUCUUCUCAAAUAUUAAAAAAGGAGAGAGAGAAAAAAUCCAGUGACAAUUAGUGUAGGGGCAAACACUUCAAUACGAAAAGGAACUUAAGCAACUGAAGUGCUGUAAAGGCUACUCAUUGUGUCUUGCACCACUGAUCCUAAUAAAAACAACCUUCCAUUUCAAAGUGCAUCAAGAGACUAUCCUUUUUUCCAGCCUUAGCAGCCACCACUCACUACAACCAGAUUUACAGCCUAGUAGAAAAUUUAGCGCUAAACCUUCAGAAAGCUUUUUCUCCUCUUGGGUAUUGGAAUCAAAAUUACUUGAUUUUCUCACACACAGAAAGUGAAUGCAAGCUAACCUGUUAAAUGAUCAAAAAAUAUUUUAGUACAGCUUGACAUCUUAAAGGUAUUGGCUAGCAGCAACUGUGCAAGUUUAGAAUUAAUAGUGCCACAGUCAGCAAGAGGCUGUUUUUCCAUAUGCAGUCAGUCUCCAAUUAUUCUCCCCCCUUCCUGCCAUAGACUGUGCAACAGAAAUGACCGUUCAAAAUGUGGCACUUGUUAAAAGGGUGUACUGUGCUUGAAGAGAACCAUGCGUGUGCUUGAAGUGUCCAUUUCCAUCUCUCAAGAUUUUGAAGUUGCACACCUGUCCAUUACAUUCUCUCCCCAUCUUACCCACCCAUCCCCAUAUUUUCACACAUUGCACAUACGCAUACUCCAUCCUUGUGGCGAACUACCAACAGAUGCAAGUGCCUGUGUGCCACAGCAAACCAUCAAGCAGGACUACUUUAAGUAAACUAGUGUUGAUCUUCUUCCAGUUCAUUCUUAUUUCUGUUUAGCAAGGCAAGGUGACAGAGGAAGUUCUCAGCACCACUGGGUGUCUGCUGGCUCCAGAAAAAUCUCUGCCUGCAUUUCCCAAGUCUUCCCAGCUGCAUGACAGUUUACAAGAGUAGCGGUGUUCUCUCCCCUGCUGGCUGCUCUUUUUGGAAAAAGUCCUUGAUCUGAGAUAGCUUGCUAUGAAUUCUUUCUUUCAAGGGAGGGACGUGGUGACUUGGAUCUAGGAUGUUAGUUAUCCUGCGCUCUCUUUCACGCCUCCAUAUCAGGUAGGGAUGUGGUGGAAAAGGGGCUUCGCGUUUCUCUCUGCGCAGCUGUAUCGUUAUUCCUCCAAUGGCCAGCAUCGCCCAGACCGCCAAGAGUAUGAUGUC